GUUGGCCACCGCGACAACAACAUGACUGCGCUUGGAAGAUGAUAGGCUCCUAAUGAUAGGCUUGUAAUGAUGAUAGGCUUCUAAUUUUGUUGUUGCCAACACACUGGGAGGAUUUGAUAGCCUACAUUACGUGCUUGCGUGAUUGUAGUUGAUAUUCGGAGUAAAUGAGUCUUGUUGAGUCCACAUCCAACUUCUGCCAGUAUUUUUGUUCAAGUGUACCAUAAUAAAUAAGGUACUACUAGUAAAUAACCCUAUCCUCUACAAUGAGGAUAAGAAGAGUUGUGAAGACAGUUUUGAGUGUGGAGCAGGUAGAAGGUGUGGGAGCCCAUGUCCGCAGAAGCGUAGGAAGAAAGGAGCUGAUUAACCUGGAUCCUUUCUUGAUGUUGGAUGAGUUCAAAGUCAAAAAGCCAUCUGGCUUCCCUGAUCACCCCCACAGAGGCUUUGAGACUGUGACCUACAUUUUGAAAGGCGUUUCAGCCCAUGAGGAUUUCUGUUGCCACUCUGGACUACUGAAACCAGGGGAUUUACAGUGGAUGACGGCAGGCCGAGGGGUGGUCCAUGCAGAGAUGCCUGUGUCUGAGGAGCCGGUCCAGGGCCUGCAGCUGUGGGUCAACCUGAGGAGGGAGGACAAGAUGGUGGAGCCCCUGUACCAGGAGCUGAAGGACAGCCAGGUCCCCAAGCCCAGCAGGGAGGGGGUCACUGUGGCCGUCAUCUCUGGACAGGCCCUUGGGGUACAGUCAAAGAUUUUCACCAGGACUCCAACACUGUAUCUGGACUUCAAGCUGGAUGGAGGAUCCAAGCAUGUACAACCAGUUCCUUCAGGAUGGACCUCGUUUAUCUACACACUGGCAGGAUCUGUUUGUGUUUGCCCAGAGGCAGAGCAGCAGAAAGUGGAGCCACAUCGCACCGUAGUGUUUGAUGAUGGAGACUGCAUAGCAGUAGAAAAUAAGACAUCAGAGGUCUCCCAUUUUGUCUUGAUUGCUGGACAGCCGAUCAAUGAACCGGUGGUCCAACAUGGUCCGUUUGUGAUGAACAUGGAAGAGGAGAUCAACCAGGCAGUCAGAGACUACAGGACAGGGACCAAUGGGUUCGAGAGGGCUAAGGCUUGGAGGUCUAAGAUCAGGGAUUCCUUCUAAGAAUCAGCAGACAUCUUAUAAUCAUGUUAUAGGUCUUGUUAUGGUCAUGUGACCAAAGUGUAUUUUAAUAAUGAACCAGCUUGAUGUGUGUUUGUCUCUUUUUAAAUCAUUAAGUUCUCAUUUUAUACAGAUUUUUUUUCUUCUGAAAUAGAUGUUUUGUCACUGUGCCUCCAAGCCAUUAAACUGAAAUGUAAAUGAUGAAAAAGGCACUUUUAAUUCAACCUCAAUAAAACUAUCCUGCCGUGA